GCUGCAGCCUUAACUGAAGAAAAACCGGUCCGAACGUCACGUGAUUCAAACAAACAAAAAUACCGUGUUAAGAAGUCAUUUGACUCUUUGUAUAUAAGGGAAUAGAAACUGGGUUACAUAUAAAUCGUAAAAAAAAUAAGUCAUAUAUUAAGAUAUAUACGAAACGCAUAAUGCAUUUAAACUUUUACAGAUUCGGUGUAGGACCUGGCAUGUGAAUGAAUGAAUGAAUGCUUGGAGACAAAUGUAUAGCGGAGUUGAUCGAUACAGAGUAGUCUUGAAAUUACUGUAAAGAACAGAUCUAUUAACCAUGCGGAGAAGACCACAGUCUGCGGCUUUGACAUCGUCUUUUUUAAGCAGGGCUGGGAGUGAGAAGACGGUUUCUACAGCUGCGGCACAGUCGCAGUUUCACACAGACCUCUGGCUCUGUUUCAUUGUGCAGAACUGGAUAUUGGACUUUGGGAGGCCAAUUGCUAUGAUCAUAAUGCCCCUGGAAUGGUUUCCUCUAAAUAAACCCAGUGUUGGAGAUUAUUUUCACAUGGCAUAUAAUGUCAUCACACCAUUCCUGUUACUGAAGCUGAUUGAGCGGAGUCCCACAGCCCUUCCUCGCUCAGCAGUUUACCUCUGCAUCAUCACUUUUGUCAUGGGAGCUAGCAUACACCUGGUAGGAGACUCUAUUAACCAUCGUCUCAUCCUCAGUGGAUACCAGCUUCACCUUUCUGUCAGAGAAAACCCCAUUAUCAAAGAUCUGAAGCCUGCCUCACUGAUUGAUUCCUUUGAGCUUCUGUAUUACUAUGAUGAGCACUUAGGGCAUUCCAUGUGGUAUGUCCCUUUCUUUCUCAUCCUCUUCUUAUAUUUCACUGGCUGCUUUACACAAGUUAAAGAUGAGAAGAUGCCUUACUCGGGCUGGCUGCUACUUGGCCCCAGUGCGGUGUACUAUUGGUAUCUGAUUACUGAGGGGCAGAUCUUUGUCCUGUAUGUCUUCACCUUUUUUGCUAUGGUAGCCACUGUGAUGCGCCAGAGGCGGAUGGGCUUUGUGUUAGACAGCAAUGGCCGUUUCCUUUUCUAUAACUUCAUCAUUACUCUGGGAUUAGUUCUGGUAUGGGUCGCAUAUCUGUGGAAUGAUAAAGUUUUGCGCAAAAAGUAUCCCGGUAUCAUCUAUGUUCCAGAGCCUUGGUCCUUCUAUACCUUACACAUCAAAGGCAGUUAAAUACUAACAGCAAAUCUGAACUAAAUUCCAUUGACAUUUCUCCAUUAUAAUGCUUUGACCAAGUUUAAUGACACUUUGAGUGAAACUGAGAAGAUUUACUUAAAUUCCAGUGUUACUUAAAGGGAUUGUUCAUCCAAAAAUGAAAAUUCUGUCAUCAUUUACUCACCCUCAGGUUGUUCCAAAACCCUCAAGGUGUUUCCAAACCUGUAUGAGUUUCUUGUUGACCACAAAAGAAGAUAUUUUGAAGAAUGUUGGUAACCAAACAGUUGACGGUAGCCAUUUACUUCCACAGUAUGGAGAGUAAAAAAAAAAAAAUGGUUACCAACAUUCUCAAAAUGCCUGAUGUGUUUAACAGAAAAAAAAAAAAAAAAAAAAAAACAGGUUUGGAGCAACUUGAGUGAGUAAAUUAUGACCGUUUUCAUUUUGGGGUGAACUAUCCCUUUAAGGAGUUGGAUCUAGCCUAGGUUUGAAUCUUCACAAGGGAAACUAUUUAAUGACAUGUUUGUAAUUUUGGUGUAUUGAACAAUAAAGUCAUUUAUUUAUUGUGGCUUACAGUUAAAAUGUUGCUUUUAUGUCCUUGUUUUAUCUGAAUAAAGUUUGUACUCUCUAUA